UGUUGUAAGAAGAUAUUUUUAAAAAGGCUCUGAAACCGUCAUGUUUACUGAGGGCACGGUCAUUAUAUUUUCUAAUGUAACUGCAGUUGUCUUUAGAAGAACGUGUGUACAAUUUAAACACAAGUUUUAGCUUUUUCAUUUGUUCCAGCUAAUUGCUCUUGUUGUGCAAUGUGCCAUAAAUGCUAAAAUCUAUACAAAUGUCCGCCUUCCGGGUUCCUCGUCGUUACCCGUAGUUGAUGCGUCGCCAUAGUAACAGUCAGCUGAUCCGCGAACACGCUUUAGAAACGGCGAAUUUUGGACAAGCAGUUAAGUUUAAAGUAAUUGUUUUAUUUUGUAUUCAAAAACAUUUGAGAUGGAAGGAUAUGAUUAACAGACUGAGUCGUGGGGCUUGUUGAAGACUUGUAACGGUGCUGAUGUUAAAUAAACAUUACAACAGGAUUUUGCUGUAUGGGUAUAAGGAUCCAAAAUAAUUAUGGCUCAGAUGCACCCAACAGACUUUCUAGUGCCGUGUUCAAAGGAAAUUCUUCUACGGUUUGGGAAAAAUGACAACCAGAAGAAAGAAGACAAUACAGAACUGCAAAGCCUUGUUAUGGUCAAGAUAAAUGGCUUAUUACUAAAAAAUGCACAAAAUAUUCAGUACUGUACAUUGUUAAAAAUUUGCAUCAUGCCAAAUAACUACAUUAAAAAAAUGGAUCCCUUGAUGUUUUGUCCUCAUUUAGUAAAAAUAGAUCUACAUGGUAAUCAGGUAUCACAGCUGCCAGAAAGUUUCUUUUGGGAAAACAUGAAGAGCCUUCAGAUUCUUAUUCUCCAUGAUAAUGCUAUAGGAAAAGAGCAGAACACCGAGUGCCUGUCAAAGUGCCCGGGGCUUAUUGCAUUGACGCUGUUUGACAAUCCUGUCAGUUUGAGAAAGAAUUACAGACACUCCAUUGUGAACACAAUAUGGUCUCUUAAAGCACUAGACAACUAUGUCAUAUCAGAUGAAGAGAUUAUUGAGGACUGGACUCUCCCACAGAAGUUCAGAGCUCAGAAUAAAAAAUUAUUUAUAGAUUUGUGUCCUGUAUCUGCUACGGAAUCAUUUUCAGAAGAAAUGAAGUUGAUUAAAGAAGUCACAUCAAAGAUAAACUACAUUCUAGCCAUUUACUCCCCAGUAAUAAUCAUUCAGCGCUGGAUUCGUGGAUAUCUAACAAGAAAGAGACUUAAAGUUUUGCAGAGAUAUUCAUUUCAUACCUCCAACAAAGAACUCCCUAAGAGGGAACAAGGACAUGAAAAAAGAAAUUGCAAAAGUAAAACCCCUGGGCCUCACAAGCAGAAUGCAGAGAGUGAUAUCUACCAGUUGCCAUCUGGAGCCAAAAGAAUAAUCCUUAAUGUCGACCUGAAAAAGCUUCUAUCAGAGGCCCCACAGGCCCUGCAAGAUACUAAGAAAUCCUUUAAGAUUCAAGGGAAAAAUAAAAGUUUGCCUGUGCCAUUCUUCUCUCCUGAGCAUAAUAAACUCAUGAAAGCUGCCCCUAAGAGACAUAAAGAUGUUCUUCCACCAUUAAGGAAAGGCAUUGCUGACAUGAGAGAUCAGGGUGAAGACAAAGUGGGAUUCAGGUUGUCCGGCUUUAAGACGAUUCUCCAUGAUGCUAACCCAGUCAAUGAUCUGAGAAUAUCUCGGCAUGAAAAUGGGAAGACUGUCAGAGAAGCCAUUGAUCAGCUCCAUUUCCUCAGCCAGGAUGCAGUGAAAUCAAAAACAUUUUACCAGCCACCAGUCAGUAUGGAGAAAAGGUUAAUUGCUAAAAUGUACGGCUCCAUAAGCCUUGCUCCCUUUCAAGUGAUUGAAAAAGCAUACAAAGACCGGGAAAAAGCUGAAAGUCAGACCAUCAAGUCCAAUUGGGUCAGUGACAUUCGCGCCAACAGAAAUGACAUACAGAGUAAUAUUCAAGGUUACGCCGAGGCCAAAAAGAAUGUUUGUCUCCAAAUGCGCCAGCAGGAUGAACUCCACUUGCAAAAUGCAAUGCAGCUCCAGGAGGAAAGUAACAAGAAGAUGGCAGAGCUUGUGCAGGAGAGAUAUACCAGGUUUUUGGAGAACAAGAAGCGGAAAACUGCUGAGCAAGAUCAAGUGAAGAACUUUAGCAAACAUCAUUUGUCUCUGAGCAAGGCCCUGCUGAAGCAUGACACCAAAUCGAGACAAGGCCUUCUACAUCAAAAAAAGACACAUUUAGUGUUGGCCCUCAAGCAGGAGGAGGAGGAGCAAAAGGAGCAGUUCAAGAAACACAUGAAAUACAGGCAGUUGGCCCUUCAAGCUGCAACUGUUUCUGAAAGAAAAAUGGUGGACCAACUUAUCAAAACGAAUGAGGACAUUCACCUUACCCAGGCCAAAAUGAGAGUUAGAGCCUUAAAAGCAAACCAAGUGACAAUUCACGUCAUGGAGCCUGUAUUGGUGGAUCAGAGUCCAUUACUUAAGCAUUAACUCAACCUCAGUCAGACAGGCCCACAUCCUUGUACAGGAGGGCAAUUCAAGGUGGAUAGCCUGUCGAACAUCUCACAGAGACUUAAGAUGACAAGCCCUUUGUAUUUCAUCUGUAUUUUCGUCUCCAUCCCUACCAUCUUGACUGUAGCUCUUUCAUGAGUGUUGUGGCAAGGCCAGCUGGGUAGUCCGUUUCAUUCCUGAGUAAUGGUCAGCAGGUCACUGUAAGGUUAGUUGUUGUAAGAAGGAGUUGGGGGACCCCAGAUAGCAAUACGCAGUAUUGCACUUGAGGAGAUAUUUAGGUUCUUACUCUGAGAGUAAGGAAUGGCAGGACUGCAGUAAAACGAUAAAAAGGCCUAAAAGGGCAAAGCUGAAUUGGAUAUUUGGAGAAUCAUCUGCCUUUUACUUUGGUGUUGUUUAUGGUAUUGCUUGAUUGCUUCUUCUUUCUGUUACUGUGUAGAUGUUUCUUCUGUUUCUCCCACAUACAGUAACAAUGAUAUGUGUGUUGGGCUCAUGGCGAGUGAGAGACCGAGUGCCUCAGUGCGCCCUUCCCAAGUUGGCUCUUGAUUUGCCUCAGAUACUGCUGGUGUAGUGAACAAUUCUGACCCACUCAGGGACACAAAGUUUAAGGGAUUCCAUUGUUCACGACACAUUUAUGGGUGCCAUCCCCCACCCCCACAUCCAAGACCAACAACUGAAUUGAGCAGCUUGAAAGUCCAUGCAUGUAUGACUUACAGCAGUCACUUUCAGUAUUUACUAAGAAUUCAUCAUUUAUGGGCAUGUAUGGGGUAAUGUCCUCAAAUGAUUUAUUUACCAGGUUUGUGACUGAGGAUAAUAUCUGAUAAGACAAAAUCCUAACUAUGAACAGAAUUAUUUGAAUAAUGUACAUUUUACCUUUAUAGGUCAUUAAAGAGAAAUAUA